AUGGUCGAGCCGCUCAAGAAGGCACCAGGAGUGUUCACCCACCUACUUGUUGCAAUUGACAAGUUCACCAAAUGGAUAAAAGCAAAGCCGAUCAACACAAUCGACUCCAAGAAGGCCGUCAAGUUCUUCCUGGACAUCGUCUGCAGGUUCGGCGUGCCCAACUCCAUCAUCACCGACAACGGAACCAACUUCACAGGCCAUUACUUCCAAGAGUUCGCGGAAGAAUACAGGAUCCGGAUCGACUGGGCAUCGGUCGGACACCCAUGCACAAACGGGCAAGUCAAAAGAGCUAACGGCCUAAUCCUCCAAGGGCUCAAACCUCGCAUUUUUGACAUGCUCAAAAAGUUCACGGGUUGUUGGGUGGAAGAGCUGCCGACAGAGCUCUGGAGCUUCGAACCACUCCUAACCGGUCAACGGGGCUAA